CCAGCCAGCCAGUGCCCCAGUCUUAGUGAGGAGUGAGGGGAAGACUUACAUACCCUAUGCCCACUACCAGCCAGCCAGUGCCCCAGUCUUAGUGAGGAGUAAGGGGAAGACUUACAUACCCUAUGCCCACUUCCAGCCAGACACUGCCCUCAGUCUUAGUUAGUAAUAUAUUGAUUGUGACGAGACUUGUCUCCAUACACAAGUAGGUUGUAACAGCCUACAAAUAUAAGUUAUUACAGCUUACUGUCUGGCCAGCAAGGCUGUGGUAACCUCCAGAUUAAGUAACUUCGUAUCAACUUUAAAUUUUAGUGUUUUACAGUGAAAAAUAAGUGAAGUGAUAUUUUAGAAAAGAAGUAAUGGUUACUGUGAUGAGUGACGUGAUGGAUACGGUGAAGAAUGACAUGAUAGUCACUGUGAAGAAUGACGUGAUGAAGAUAAUACUGUUGAUGGUGAUUUUGUGGAGUACCUACAUGCUGCAGCUGGUUGAUGCCAAGGUGUACAAGGACUCCUUGGAUCAGCCUUGGAAUCUCAGCCCUGAAAGUCCUGGGGGUCUUCCUGAAUCUCACUCAGAACCUCUUGAAGAUCCUAAAAUUGUGUCAACUGGCCCUGAAAUUGUAAAAGAUGAACAUGACAUAAAUGAGAAUCCUGAAAUCGCUUCUAAGGGAUUUGAACAUGAUAAAAUAGACACCAGCUUUCCUGAAGGCCCUGAUGUUAUCAUUCCGACCCACGACGAUGCUUCUAAAUAUUCUAAUAUGGAAAGCGAAGAUACAGAGGUUGUUUCUGAGGGCCCCAAAGAGGUGGCUGAAGAACCUGAAGACAUCGCUAUAAGCCCUGGAAACACUGAAGACGUCACUGACAAAGCUUCCAGCAACCCUGAAUUUAUCCCAGACGACGGUUCCAGCUCUUCGGAAGACCCUAUUGUAGUCCCAGGCGAUGACAGAUCCUCGGAGGGCCCUGAGGAAGUCUCAGACGUGGUUGUGGUGGCCCUGGGGGGAGGAGAGGACCUGGUGGUAGUAGCACAAAUUGCCUCUCUACUCAACAGUCAGGGCCACAGUGUUGCAGCCAUCGUCUACGGUUCUCCUCACAGAGAUGAGAUCUUCCCUCCGGGAGUCAAGGUGUUGCAGAUUGUUGCAGCUGAAGACGAUCCUAUGUACCAUAAGGGCGAGGCUGUGGGCGUGACUCCAGGCGAGGACGCGGGCGUGGAGUGGGUGAAUGGGCGUGUAGUAGCCUCCAGAAUAUGGGCGUGUAAGGAGAUGACAAGCAAGGCGUGGGUGGGACGCGUUAUGUCCCACGCCAAGUUAGUAGUUACUCCACUAUUCCUCCACGACAUGUGCGUGUUGGGACUAGCCCAGCGGGUGGGGGUGAAGGUUGUGGGCGUGGUGACGUCACGUGUGGGGGCGUGGUGGGUGUGGGAGCACAUGGGUGUGCUACCCUCCCUGGCAUCAACACCAGUACCACCUCACCACAUGACAGACACUUCUAUAUGGGCGCGAGCAUCAAACUUAGCCAGCCAUUAUGGAUACCUGUCAUCACUACGACAGCUGUGGUUGGCACCAGUCUUGACGACACUUCCGGCGGACUGGUCACCAGUACCGGCCCUUGACGCGCUCUACGCCUCGCUAGCGUCCGUAGUUCUGGUCUGGGACCCACUCCUGGACGCCCACGCCCCACACACGCCCACGGUCGUACCUGUGGGCGGGUUCGCCUUUCAGACAGGACAUAUGACGAAGGACGUGCUUGUGCCUGCUCUUCUGAAUCGUGCUGGCGUGGUCACCGUGUGUCCCGGUGGAGGCGAGGCGUGGCUGGGACAUGAUGCUCUACACGCCCUCUACACUGCCCUGGCUACCACCUCCUAUACAGUUCUUUGGCGAGCACCUUACCCACACCUCCUGCCCAAUGUGACACAAGACGAAGGUUCAAACACUGCCUCCAGACCCAAGUUUGUCUUCAAGGAAACACUUCCUCUCACUGAUGUUAUGAACCAUCCUCGCCACCGUCUACUGAUAUCAAGUGGUGAGACAGACCUCAAUGCUGCUUUCUACUUUGCUUCUCCUUUCCUGUGUCUGCCUGUCACUGCUGACCAGACACUGGCUGCAGCAGCCCUCCCAUACCUAGGGAUAGGCACUGUGGUAGCAGCUGGUGAGGUGACAGUAACGACGCUGAGAGAAGCCUUGAGUAAACUGGCAGCAGACAGAAGUUAUCGAGAGAAAGGCAGAGAAUUAGCAGAGGAACUCCACGACCAACCUCUCUCACCCGCUGACCGUCUUCUGUUUACCCUUGAGCGUGUCAUGCGCAGACCUCACUCACGCAGAUAUAUGAAGAAGGGAAGUCAUCUGUAUCUACUUCAGCAGAGUAACGCAGACGUCUACCUGCUUCUGCUGAUCCUGCUGUCUUCUGUAACAGCUCUGCUCAUUCUUCUCGCUAUAAUGGUGAUACCAGUGUUGCUCAAAAAGCAGAAAAUAAAGGAAGAAUAAUGUUCUCUGCUGCCUGUCACAUGAUUCUUUGAUAUUAUUAUUAUUAUUAUUAUUAUUAUUAUUAUUAUUAUUUAUUAUUAUUAUUAUUUAUGUGUAAUUUUUUAAAUAAAGUUUGGAAGUAUAUUUUGUUCAUUUUCUGUAGUUUUUAGAUAAAUUAUAGAAUUUUUAAUUUUACAAUUCAUUUAAUUUUACAUUCAUUAUAAUUGUCAUGAUGAAGACUCAUCAAGUCAUCUCAGGGUAACUCUGAACAAUGUAGCUCCUCAACUGUACGAUGACUCGAAAAUAAAAUUCCUGUUAAUGUAGAAACAUUUAAAAAAAAUUCUCGAGAGUUUAAAA